AUGCAACUACUUUCGAACUAAUGUUACUUUUGAAGAGCACUACACUGUCCAUGUCAAAUCUUGUAGAGCUAGUUUUAGAGUUAUCUUCUCGACGUCUUCACCUAGUACCUGUGAGGUUCUGUUAUCUGGAUCUAUCUUCCCUGCAGGUAUUGCUUUGGGUUUCUUCCCGUGUAUUAUUUUUAUUGGAGUUUACCAUUCUGAAAGCACUGGGAAAUAUUUUGCAGUUCGAUCUGUCUAACAAAUCAAUUACUAGUAUUACAAUAAUUGUUAGUACAUGUACAUGGUGGUAUAGACACACCUAGUACCUGGCGAUCACGGUCUACCAUCAGUAAAUCAGCCUCCAGUUUCUAGGCCAUCAGCAAUGGCAUUGGCAGCUUUGCCCAAUUUGGAGAGACUAUCGUCUCGUGUUGUUCGCGUCCUCGGACUGAACCCAGGCCCAAUGACGCUGCAGGGAACGAAUACUUACUUAGUUGGCAAAGGAAAACAGCGCCUUCUCAUUGAUACUGGGGAGGGGAAAGCAGACUAUCCAGCCCUGCUGAGAAAAUCCAUGGAUGGAUGUGAAAUCAAACACGUUGUACUCACUCAUUGGCAUCAUGAUCAUGUCGGUGGCGUAGCCGAUGUUAGUAGACUGCAGCCGAAUGUGUCCUUUUGGAAGAUGCCUGCACCAGAUCACGACCGGCCAAUCACCAGCACCAGUGGCGAAACAUCACAGCUAGUACCCGUGGAAACGCUUCGCGACACGGACACAUUCAACCUGGACGACGGCGAGACAUCGCUGCGUGUGAUACACACACCCGGGCACACAACCGACCAUGUUGCUCUGUACCUGGAGCAGGAGAAUGCUGUCUUCUCCGGCGACUGUGUUCUAGGCGGCAGCACUGCCGUGUUUGAGAACCUGUACGAUUACAUGAAGUCUCUUGCUAAACUGGUGGAGCUGAAGCCUGGUCGCAUCUACCCAGGCCAUGGCCCGGUCAUUGAGGAGAGCAUGCCGCUACUGGAGCAGUACAUUGCUCAUCGUAAUCAGCGCGAGGAGCAGAUCCUGGCGUGCGUCCGUAGCGAGGCACGGCCCUGGACGGCAAUGGACAUCGUCAAGGUAGUGUACACGACUACGCCGGAGAGUCUGUACAGAGCGGCGGAGAAGAAUGUGAUGAAUCACCUGCUGAAACUGCAGCAGCAGGGCGACAUCGCACCCAGUCAGGUGGCUGAUGACGGCUCAGAGCGUUGGAUAAGCAAACUCUAGCUACAGAGUGCGGGCAGUUUUGGGCUGCACUGCAUAUUGCUGUUGGCCAGGGAAUGACGGUGGUGUGUGCUUUCCUGCGUGGAUACAUUACGCCUCCCUAGUACUGUACAGUUUGGUACUGCUGGCUUGCUUUCAGUUCGCUCCGACGUCACAUUGGUCUGCCACUAUGAAUAAAUGAAUACGUCAACAUCUAAUGCUAGACUGAGGUGCUGGUACUUCGAAGAACAGUGUACAGUGUAGUUAUUAUUUACUAGGUUUACUAAGGCCCUGUGCUUCCUUGAAAGUGAUAGUUUAAAGAUUUUUAUAGAAUAUUUUACCUUUUGUCCGUCCAACAUUCUGUUGUACCUUGCAGUUAUUUAUUAACAUGCCUGAUUGCAUAAAAUUGCACUGUACAUCCAACUGGAAGUCACUCGUAGAGUUGAA